AGCAGAGGGGAAAGAGAUGAAAGUGCUGCUCUUCCCAGCACUACUGCUGCUGUUGGGGGCAGUCAGAGCAGCCCAUGCCGCAGAAGAGUCCUGUGCUGGCCGCUGUUUUAGUGGCUUUGAUGGCAACAAAAAAUGCCAAUGUGACAUCAUUUGUGUCCAUUUUGAAAGCUGCUGCAUCGACUAUUUAACUCUCUGUAAACCCAAAGAACAACGAGGCGAUGUGUUUGAGAUUCCAGAAGAUGAAUACAAUUAUGAUUCUGGCACAAGUGAACCAGAACUUGCAUCCAAAGUCAAUGAAGAGUUAGAGGAAACUCCAGAUGACACAACAGAACCGGUAGAAAAUGUACCACCUAAAAUCGAGGAGGUGAUCCAGCCAGACCAGAUGGAAGAGUCACAAGACGAGCUAUGCAGUGGCCAACCUUUUGAUGCUUUCACUAAUAUAAAAAACGGUUCCAUCUAUGCAUUUCGAGGCAAAUACUUCUAUGAACUUGAUGACAAGAGUGCCCUGGAUGGAUACCCAAAACUAAUCAAGGAUGUGUGGGGCAUAGAUGGUCCUGUUGAUGCUGCCUUCACUCGCAUGAACUGUCAAGGGAAGACCUAUCUUUUCAAAGGGAAAGAGUACUGGCGUUUCUCUAAUGGAGUGCUGGAGUCAGACUAUCCCCGUAACAUCUCUGAAGGAUUCCACGACAUACCAGACAAUAUAGAUGCAGCAUUUGCCCUUCCAGCAAAUAAUCAUAACGACAGAGAAAAAGUCUAUUUCUUCAAAGGAAACAAAUAUUGGCAGUAUGAGUUCCAGAAUCAGCCCAGCAGGAAGGAUUGCCAGGACUCCGCCCAGUCUGAGCUUUUUACUUAUUAUGUGACGCUGCAGAAAGACAGCUGGGAAGAUUUCUUCAGUUUUCUCUUUGGACCCUCAAUGAAAAGGAGCACUGCAGGACCAUGGUACAUUAACAAAGACUGGAAGGGUGUACCUAAUAAUGUGGAUGCUGUAUUGCCAAGCAGAAUAUAUGUCCCCAAGCAAACACGCCGCAGCAGGAGAAGAAAGUCCCGGCGUAGGAAUAACCGCAAGAAGAGUGGUGGCAUGCGGUCAUUAUGGAGUGAUUUUAGCUUUGAUCCUUUGGAUGGCUUAUUUGAUUAUGAUGAUGAGCAGAGUGAUCCAGACUGGCUACCUCCUGAAAGGCCAGCAGAUUGCCAACCUACUCAAAAUGUCUACUUCUUUAAAAAUGAUAAAUAUUACCGGGUGAAUCUCCGAACAAAGCGAGUGGACUAUGUGUACCCACCAUACCCACGCUCGAUUGCACAGUACUGGCUAGGUUGCAAGAAGGAUGAAAGGCUGGAAAAGUCAAGGGGCUAAAGGUUAAACCCCCCUCACCAAUCAAGCAUUUAUAUUCUAAUAACUGCCUGUCAUGUCUUUGUUGCUCAAGUUUUAAUUAAAAUAUACGUUCUUCUCA